GGGACGUGUUACCAAGCUUGUCCCGGCUGUGUCAGUCACGGUCCCGACUCAUGUUUCAUCCCCACACCGGCAGACUGUUGCUUCAUAGUCGUCGCCACUUCACUCUCUACGCGGCCUUUCUACUCCUACUUCUAUCUGCCCAGGCCUUGUUGUAAGCCCUGCUGUGUUUGGUUCUAGUGGUGGUUGGAGUAUCUCUCUUCAGCUGCCAAUAUGUCGGGCUUCAAUCUGCUGCAUCUAAUAAGCAAGAGUCAGCCUGUGACUCUGAGGUCCUGCAGUCUUCCCUCAGGAGCUGCUCGAACCAAGAAGACAUGGCCGGUGACCUUUUCUCGGGAGGAAAUGAAGGAACGCCUCACACCCAUGCAGUAUCAUGUUACACAGGAGCGAGGGACAGAAAGUGCUUUCACUGGAGAGUUCACACACCACAAAGACAAAGGAACCUACACCUGUGUUGUUUGUGGAACUCCGUUGUUCAGUUCUAAAUCGAAAUAUGACUCCGGAUCAGGUUGGCCUUCCUUCUUUGACCUUGUGAAAGAGGAUUCCAUCACCGUGUCAGAUGAUUUCUCCUAUGGGAUGCACAGAGUGGAGACCACCUGCAGCCAGUGUGGCGCCCAUCUGGGACACCUGUUUGAUGAUGGCCCAAAACCCACUGGCAAGCGAUACUGCAUCAACUCGGCCUCGCUGUCUUUCCAGACUAAAGACGCAGAGCCCGCAGGCUCCGCCUCCACGGCUGAAGGUGCUGCCGGGGGCGAGGCCAAGACAGAACUUUAAAAAGCCGACCCGGCGAGAUUGAUGUUGCUGUGCGUGUGUUUGAUUGAAGAGUUCUAAGCAUAACAACAUAACAGGUUAUUAAAUUGACAUAACGAUACACACACCAAAUAUUUCCACAUGCAAAUAAUACUGACCAAAAGUCUCCCGCUGCGUUGUUCCUGCCCAAGACAGAUGUGUUAUUGACGAGGCAGGAGUCGAAGAUGAAGUGCAUCAAAAAGUUGGUCAACUUGAUCGUCGCGGCGAAAAUGGUGCCAGCAUUUGCCGUGUCGUUAGCCUUGAGUGUCACCAAGUCCUGCCGCGGCAUUCCAGUUUUGUCGUUUGACCUCGCUCACGUUAAUUUGGCGAUGCAUUAUUGAUGAGGAGGCAGUUAAAGUGCAUCAACAGUUAUUCUCGUCACUAGACAUGAAAAACAGGCACGUAAACAAUAGCUCCCUUUCUAAUUUGAAAACGGAAGACCCACUUGGUGAAUAUUUGAUUGUGAUCAAGCACAACAUAAUACAGUAACAAGAAAUAAGACACAUACUGUCUUGUAAGACAUACAAGACACAAAUAAGACUUCAUUUACGAUAAAGAUAAAAUGCUUUUAAAAAAGUGGUGUGAAGCCUCAGAAUUUGAAGCGCAAUGUGGCGAAGGAUUACUGUACUGUCAGUGCACUGUAUUUUGCUGUACUUGUCAGUGUGAACUCACUUAAGCACUCAGUGUGUAAGUACAAAAUGCAUUAAUUGAGGACAAAAGCUGGGUCUCAAAUUGAUUACUUGCAUCAGUAUGCUUCAAUAAGUAUACUGUGUACAGUGUGUACUUAGUUCCUGAGGGUGCACAUUUAAGACUAUUAGUGCUAUCCUGAAUCUAUUGCUGUUGCACACUUACCUGAAGUGACGAUCGCAAUAUUUACUUCCUUUUCACUCCUUUGUGGAAUUGCAACUGUAGAAGUUUGUCCCAUUCUUCAUCCGACACAUAGCCAAGAUGGCGAAUAUCGAGGGUGGGAAGGGUCACUGCACACUCACCAUUUUGGACGUUUUGAGUGCAACAACUUAAAGGCUUACUGAAAUGAAUUUUUUUUUUUAAACGGGGAUAGCAGAUCCAUUCUGUGUCAUACUUGAUAAUUUUGCGAUAUUGCCAUAUUUUUGCUGAAAGGAUUUAGUAGAGAACAACAACGAUAAAGAUCGCAACUUUUGGUAUCUGAUAAAAAAAGUCUUGCCCCUACCGGGAGUAGCGUGACGUAGUCAAUUGAAAGGCUCCUCACAUUUUCCUAUUGUUUUCAACGCAGCUUGAGCGAUUCGGACCGAAAAAUUUACGAAUACCCCAUUAAUUUGAGCGAGGAUGAAAGAUUCGUGGAGGAGGAACGUUCGAGUGAAGUACUAGAAUGCAGUGCAAGACAUAUCUUUUUUCGCUCUGACCGUAACUUAGGUACAAGCUGGCUCAUUGGAUUCCACACUCUCUCCUUUUUCUAUUGUGGAUCACGGAUUUGUAUUUUAAACCACCUUGGAUACUAUAUCCUCUUAAAAAAUGAGAGUCGAGAACGCGAUAUGGACAUUCACAGUGACUUUUAUCUCCACGACAAUACGUCGACGAAACACUUUAGCUACGGAGCUAACGUGAUAGCACUGUGCUUAACUGCAUAUAGAAACAAAAUAAAUAAAUCCCUGACUGGAAGGAUAGACAGAAGAUCAACAAUACUAUUAAACCAGGGACAUGUAAAUAAACGGUUAAUGCUUUCCAGCCUGGCGAAGGUUAACAAUGCUGUUGCUAACGACGCCAUUGAAGCUAACUUAGCAACCGGACAUCACAGAGCUAUGCUAAAAACAUUAGCUAUCCACCUACGCCAGCCAGCCCUCAUCUGCUCAUCAACACCCGUGCUCACCUGCGUUCCAGCGAUCGACGGUGCGACGAAGGACUUCACCCGAUCACAGAUGCGGUCGGCGAGACGGAGGAAGUUAAGGUGAGUUCGGCGGCUAACGCGUCUGCUAUCCAUCUCUGUCUUCCUGGUUGUGUUUAAAAAAAAAUAAAAAAUUGCAAAAGAUUCACCAACACAGAUGUCCAGAAUACUGUGGAAUGUUGAAAUGAAAACAGACCUUUUUUGUAUUGUAUUCAAUGGGGUACCAAUACUUCCGCAUCAACUGAUUCCGUCACGCGCAUACGUCAUCAUAUCUAGACGUUUUCAACCGGAAGUGUGGCGGGAAAUUUAAAAUUGCAAUUUAUAAGUUAACCCGGCCGUAUUGGCAUGUGUUGCAAUGUUAAGAUUUCAUCAUUGAUAUAUAAACUAUCAGACUGCGUGGUCGGUAGUAGUGGGUUUCAGUAGGCCUUUCACAGCGUACCGCAUUAGCCGUACUUCACACACACUCAAAAUGCUAAGUGUAAUUUGCGGAAGUGCAAGAAGGGAGACAAUAUUUGGGGUGUAUCUUUGAUGCUUUUUAGGAUUCAACAGAACAUGUGGAUUGCUUUUGGCAAAUAAUGCACAAGUGGGACUAUUUUCUAUUUCUUCCUAAUUGCUUUAUAGCGAUUUUCACAGCUUUCAGUGGAUGAAUAAAAUAGCUGAAGUAUGUUACGGCUUAUUAACACGUUUUUUUUAAAUCAAGGUGUUAAAACUACUUCAAUUCAAUGUUAAAUAUUAAGUUUGCUUGAAUAAAAAAAUUCCAAAUCAUGAAUUAUAAAUG